CAAAACCAUUGAUUUUAGAGAGUUAAUUGUGCUUCAACGGUGUCAACAGAAGGAUGAAGUUCCUACCCAGGCUACGAAUUAAAUUGCGCCGUUUGAAAAAGUUAGCAAAAUCUCCACUACUCCGAAAACUGGAUUUACUUCAUGAGAGUAAAAGAAAACGGGUUUUUCAGGAAAGCUGUGAGGCAUAUCAAAUGCAAAUUGAAGAUGAAUAUGAGAAAGCCAGUCCGAUUAUGCAAAAAAUUAAGCUACCAUAUAGUACGCGUGAAAGAUUCCUUUAUGAUGGUACUUUCCACGAGGCUGUUGGCCGCGUUUUACUUAUUGCACAAUUUUUUGCUAUGAUGCCCGUUUAUGGAGUUACCUCAAAGCGUCCUAGUAAUUUGCAAUUCUCCUGGCGAUAUCUGCGGACUUGCUGGUGUCUUAUUUUCAUAGCAUCAUCACUGGUGGACCUGGGUUUAUCUCUAUACAAAGUUUUAAAUGAUCCCAUAACAUUUAAUAGCAUUAAACCAAUCAUAUUUCGGGCUUGCAUUUUUCUAGUUUGUGUAUAUUCAUUAAAUUUGGCCCGAAAGUGGCCGAAACUAAUGCACUAUUGGGAUCAAAUUGAGCAGGACCUGCCGCAAUAUCAGACCCAAACAGAGAAAUGGCAAAUGGCCCACACCAUACGCAUGACCAUGUUUGUUGGCAUGAUGUUAUCCUUUGCUGAGCAUCUAUUGAGCAUGCUUUCAGCUGUCAACUAUUCGGCCUAUUGCAAUCAAUCCUCCGAUCCCAUAGAGAAUUAUUUUUUGCAUACCAAUGACGAGAUAUUCUAUGUAUUCCAUUACUCCAAUCUAUUGGCUGUAUGGGGUAAACUUCAGAAUUUCUAUUCGACAUUCAUAUGGAAUUAUAUGGAUAUAUUCGUAAUGAUUAUCAGCAUUGGUUUGGCCUCCAAGUUUCGUCAACUCAAUGAUAAUCUGAAGAAGUUUAAGGGCAUGAAUAUGUCCCCUUCAUAUUGGUCGGAGCGUCGCAUACAAUAUCGUAAUAUUUGCAUGUUAUGCGAUAAAAUGGAUAAUGCCAUUUCCUUUAUAACCAUGGUAUCCUUUUCCAAUAAUCUCUACUUUAUAUGCGUACAGCUGUUAAGAAGUUUAAACAAUAUGCCUUCUAUAGCCCAUGCGGUCUAUUUUUAUUUCUCUCUAAUUUUCCUUAUAGGACGCACUCUAGCCGUAUCCUUGUAUUCCGCCUGGGUGCAUGACGAAUCGCGUCUCACUUUACGUUAUUUACGCUGUGUACCCAAAGAAUCCUGGUGUGCGGAGGUGAAGCGUUUUUCAGAGGAAAUCGCCAGCGAUAUGGUGGCUCUUAGUGGCAUGAAGUUUUUUCAUUUAACUAGAAAAUUGGUUUUAAGUGUAGCCGGCACAAUAGUCACAUACGAAUUAGUUCUUAUUCAAUUCCAUGAGGACAACGAUUUGUGGGACUGUCAGCAGAGUUAUUAUUUUUAGUUUUU